CCCGUCACAGUGGCGGGAGCCAGUGCUUGACGAUUACCGAUAAAUUGUUUACUAAAUAUACCCCAUCUCGGUUGGAACCAUUCAGUGCUCUCGUGACCGUCUGAUACUUGAUAGAAUCAUCAAACACCUCCAAAAUGAUUACGGCGUUACCAGUGCCUUCGGUGAAGGUCUUUCACAAGACCUACUACCAUGAGAAAGGCCAGAGAAUUGGGAAUAGUCAGCCGGGCAGUCCACUCACGGAUAACGAGGCUGCACUGGCACUGAUGGAGAAGGAUGAACUCGAGUACUACUUUUGUGGAAAGAUAAACGCUCUUCACGUGGUGGUAUGUUCGCUGCUGGCAGGGGCCAUUGUUCUUGUGGUUGGACUGGUUCAGUUGGCGCCCGGUGCCGAGGCUGCACAAAACUCAACAGCACUCAUUGGCGGUGGAUGCGCCCUCUUGUCCAUUGGGGCACUCCUGGCACAGCUGAGAGCACUCUGGAUAAGGAGACAGAAGGCCGCACAGAAGGAUGGCACUCAUCAGAGAAGUGUCACGAGUAUAGACAUGCUUUUAGCACAGCACAGGGACUUCACCGUCCUAACACCGGACGAACUCGAGGAUCUCGUGGGCCGACCCACCCCAGCUCUUGAAAGCAAAAUUCGUAAACAAGGUCACAAUACCUAGGUAUUGCAAGCCUCGAAAAGGGUAACAUCAUCAUCACCCUGUGCAACAACACCCUCAUCGUUAUCCUCGUCAUCCGCAUCACCCGGUACCAGCUCCUCCAUUCUCUACACGCAUCGUUACGACUCACGUGAGCACAGUCUUGUCUGAGAAUAAACGUACGUAAACACCUGUGAAUAAAAUCCACACUUGAUACGUCAAAGAUGUCAAGGACUCGAGACACUAGACCAUUUAUCUGAGGAGAAUGUUUUCCGAAUGUACUGGUGGUUCAAAGAACACAUCCACAACGUCAUCGUUACCGUGAACAAUUCAACUUGGAGAAGUCCAAUUGAAUCAUAAAUAAUUGAUAAAAAAACUAAGGAAUUUGACAAUUUAAAUUGAUGAUAAUUUCGUCGAGCAUAAGUGAAUUAGAUUUUUAAUCAUUAAAAGUGUAAUAUUAUUUUCAUGGAAUUGUCGACGAGGCGUGUCCUUGAAGGACCAAUAAUGCGCAUUUACUUCUGGCGUCAAUGUGUUCGAAUUGUAAACAUUAUCUUGUAAUUCCUGGGGAAUACGAGU